AUGGCCUCUUCAAUGAUGCACUACUUCGGCUUCGGCAAGGAUGCUCCUCCUUCUGCCAAAGAGCAAGUCAAAGAUACUCCAGUGCGCGCCUUGCCUGCAUCAUGGUACACAACACCUGAAAUGUACGAACUUGAACGCCGAGCAAUCUUCUCCAAGCGAUGGCUCUUCAUCACCCACAGCAUGCGUGUUAAGAACACCGGCGACUGGCUGCGAUAUGAGAUCGCAGGUUUUGAUUUCAUCAUCACCCGUGACCGACAAGGCGAGGUUAAUGCCUUCCACAAUUCAUAUGGACUGAACGGCAAACUCGCCAAGGCGACCGGGUAUCAGGAUCUCGAUGGCUUCGACAAGAACCAGAACAACCUAUUCAGAAUUCACGUCAAGGUUGACGUGAACGGCUUCAUCUGGGUUAACCUUGAUGCAAAGGAGGUCCCCGAGGUCCCUUGGGAAGAACAUUUCGAGAACGUCGACACGCAGGAGCGAUACAAGCACUACAACUUCGAAGACUAUGAUCUGGAUCAUGCCUAUGAGCUCGAGGGACAUUACAACUGGAAGAUUUUGGCCGAUAACUUCAACGAAUGUUACCACUGCCCGACCACCCACUCCGACAUCCCAGAGUUCCUGAAUCUUGAUUCCUUCGACAGCGACACCAAAGAUGGACACAUUCAACACCACUGUGAAUCCACCCCCGAGCAGAUUGCGAAGGGCCUUUACACUGCCAGCACAUACUACUUCCCCAUGUCCGCCAUGGUCGUGUCACCCCACUUCAUCAUGGUACAGAAGUUCCUACCCAAAUCAGCCGAUCAGUCACAAAUGGCAUACGAAGUCUACCGAAACAGAAACUCCUCGGACGAAGACUUCAAACUCAUCAGUGAAAUGUACGCCCGAGUCAUGAGAGAAGAUAAGGUCCUCUGCACCAACGCACAAAACAACAUCGACCGAAACGUCUUCACCAACGGCCAGCUUCACCCUAAGUUUGAGAAAGCGCCCUUGUUCUUCCAGAACACAGUCCGAGAAGUCAUUACGGAACACUUCGAGCGUGAGAAGAGUGAGGGUCGUGAGGUUUGGCCUGCGAAGCCCAAGGUUCCUUGCGAUACGAAAGUGAGUGACAAGGAUGAGGCGCUUUGCGCUUCUCUUGCUUGUGGACCUCAGAAGGAGAUUCUGGCUUGGUAG